UGCAAGUAGACUCAAACAUCUCUCGCAUCAUUUAUUGCUCGGCCACCCCAAACACAACAAUUGGCGACGGGGAUAAACUAAUCAUAUCAAUUCGUAGACUUAUUAAUAGUGACGAAGUUGAUUAAAACAAAACAUUGCCCAAUUCAUCAAUUGGUAACGCGUAUACAUAUUUCGCCGCAAUUCUAGGAAUUGUGUAUUUCAUCAGUCGUGUUGGUAUACAUACACACAAACGUAUAUCAAAAUGCCAAACGAAGUGAAUGAAAACAGUAAUUUACAACAAUUACUUCUGCAGCAGCAACAAUUUGCAAAAACUAUGUUAGAACAGCAACAACAAUGGAUGCAAGAGAUUCUAAAAACCAAUGCUAGUGUUUCAAGCCGCUCCGCGGGUGAUUCGACUAUUUGUCCGCCUUUCCACAAUUUCAAUAGGGAUCAGCAAAACUGGGAGUCCUACCUCCAACAAUUAAGCCAGCAUUUUCAAGCAUACUCAGUAAAUGACGUUGAAAAACAAAAGGCAUAUUUUCUAUCCUGGAUUGGUGCCGACGUGUUCGAGUUAUUAAAAAACUUAUUUGGCAGCGAAGACCUGCUUACGUAUACUUAUACACAAUUGAUCGGUAAGUUAACGGAACAUUUCCAGUUCAAGCGACAUGUGGUUGCCGCACGCUAUGAAUUUUUCAAACGGGAGAUGAAGCCCUCACAAACACACAAAGAAUGGGUUGCCGAUUUACGUGGAAUAGCACGCCAGUGUAAAUUUGUCUGUCUAGCACCAGGAUGCUCAGCUAAUUUUGUAGACGAAAUGAUUCGUGACCAAAUUAUAGUGCAUACGCCAUUCGAUCCAAUACGUUCAGCAGCUUUGCAAAAGUUACAACCGACAUUGGAAGAUGUGCUCAUAAUUGCCGAAAGUUAUGAGACAACAACUAAAACCGUUGCUACACUUAAGAACGAGAGCGAAAAGCAUAUUCCAGUGAACGCAGUGCACACACGCACAUACGCAAACAAGAAGAAAACAGUUAGAACUGGAAACACACAAAACGCAUUACAAUCGUGCUCUGGCUGUGGACACUCUCACGCAAGAGAGAACUGCAAAUUUCGUCAUGCCCAAUGCAAUCAUUGCGGUAGAAAGGGACACAUAGCUGUCGUUUGCAAGUCCAAGCAACAGAACAAAAAUGAUCAUAAGAUACGAAGGGAUGAUCAAAGUAAAACCGUCAACGACGCACAACGUUUUCGUCAGCCAGAAAUUAUACACAGUGUUACAGGUGCAACCGUUUCAGUUAUAAAUUUACAAACAUAUCAGCAAAUCAACAGCCCGAAGCUGCAAAAGAGCAACAAAAUAUUGCACGCCUUCGGUAAGCAACCAAUUCCAAUAUUAGGUGAGCUACACACUGUCGCAAGAUGUGGUAAUAAAGAAGACAAAAUAACAUUAAUAGUCGCAAAUGUCGAGAGCGCAAACAAUCUUUUUGGCUUAGAUUUAUUUCAAACAUUCGGUUUCGAAAUUCAACAAGUGGCAAACUUGGUUGAACAAUACGCGCCUCAAAUAUCUGUUCUGUGUACUAAAUACAAGGAAGUAUUUGAACCGGCUCUUGGAGUAAUCAAAAACUUUAAGGCAACCGUCACAUUGAAACAAAAUGCAACACCAAAAUUCUUCAAAUCAAGACAAAUACCUUUCGCUCAACUAGCAGAUUUCAAAGCAGAAUCUGAACGCCUUACAAACGCAGGUAUUUGGAAACCAAUCAAAUUUAGCAACUGGGCAUCACCUAUUGUUUUAGCUCCGAAACCGGAUGGAACAAUACGAAUUUGCGGUGAUUUUAAACUAGCUGUCAACGCGCAAAUUGACAUCGAACAAUACCCGUUGCCUACACGAGAGUCGUUGUUACACACCGUUCGUCGUGGUACACAUUUUUCAAAAAUUGAUCUCAAAGACGCCUAUCUACAAAUGGAACUAGACGACUCAUCUAAGCAAUUUAUGGUCGUGAGUACACCUUUGGGUCUUUUUCAAUAUCAACGAUUACCUUACGGUAUAGCUAGCGCUCCUGCUAUUUUCCAACGUUACUUAGAACAACUUCUAAAUGGCAUAGAAGGUUGUGGUAACUAUCUCGACGAUAUAAUUAUAACGGCCCCAACAGUAAAAGAACACAUUAGUCGUGUGGAACAAGUCCUAAAAGUUCUACAAGAUAAUGGUGUUAGAUGCAAAAAGCAAAAAUGCUUUUUCCUAAAGCAUGAAAUUGAGUAUUUAGGCCGACGUAUUAGCGCACAGGGAAUUCUUCCUGACCUAUCGGGAUUGCGUGCUGUAAAGGAAUUAAAACCGUCGACUAAUUUAAAGCAACUAGAAGCCUUCAUGGGUAAGGUAAACUACUACUGCAAUUUCAUACCAAACUUCUCCGAGCUGUCCGCACCACUCAACCAGCUGCGUAGAAAAAAUGUAGAGUUCACUUGGGGUCCAAAACAACAAAACGCCUUCGACGCACUUAAGUCUCACAUCAUCAACGCAACACAAUUAGCUCAUUUUCAUGAGGAAUUGCCGGUUAUCUUAGCAACAGAUGCAUCAGAACAUGGUAUCGGUGCAGUCUUAUCAAACAUCCAGCCUGACGGAAUGGAACGCCCCAUCGCUUUCGCAUCUAAAACACUUGAUCAGCAUCAGGUCAACUACAGUCAAAUCGAUAAAGAAGGUCUUGCUAUAAUCUUCGGCGUAAAAUACUUCCAUCAGUAUCUUUAUGGGAGAAAGUUUAUUCUAAUAACAGACCAUAAACCGCUUGUAAAUAUUUUCAGCCCCAGUAAGCAUUUACCUACGAUUGCUUCACGUCGACUGCAACGCUGGGCGAUCACAUUGAUGGCUUAUUCCUUUGACAUCAAGUAUCGUGCUACAUCCGCACAUGGCAAUGCUGACGCAUUAUCACGCCUUCCUGUUGGAAAUGAUGAACAAUUUGAUAGGGAAGAGGCAUGCUACAAUAUCACCGAUAUUACACCUCCUAUCAACGCCGAUGUCAUACGGAAACACUGCGAAAACGAUCCAACGAUUAAAAAAGUCCGCAACUAUGUCAUUAACGGUUGGCCGGAAAAGUUCUCUAAAAAAGACGACGAUCUUAAGCCAUAUUUUAACAAGAAAAUCAGUUUAGUCUUACUACAAGAUAAUCUGUAUCUACAAUCGGAAGCAAACCGCAUCAUAAUUCCGAGUUCUUUAAGACCUGUCAUCUUAAAGCUACUUCAUGAUGGUCAUUGGGGAAUCAUAAGAAUGAAGCAAGCAAGCAGACAACAUGUUUGGUGGCCUGGUCUUGACGACGACAUUUCAAAAUUGGCUUCAACUUGCGAUAUUUGUAAACGCAACAAUUCAUCGCCAGUGAAACAGUACCAAAGUUGGCCAAAGGCUACUACGCCUUGGGAACGAAUACACAUUGAUUUUGCGGGUCCAAUUUUUAAUUCAAUGUGGCUGAUUUGUGUCGAUGCUUAUUCACAGUUUCCUUUUGUUACAGAGCUAUCUUCAACCACAUCGCAAAGUACAAUAGCAGCUCUUACAGAUAUUUUCGCCAUUGAAGGAUAUCCAAAAACGUUAGUCAGUGAUAACGGUCCUCAGCUUACAUCCGAGACAUUCAAGGAUUUUUGUAACAAACAUGGAAUAACGCACAUCACAACAGCUCCAUUUCAUCCAGCAUCGAAUGGGUUGGCCGAACGGUUCGUCCAAACAUUUAAAACAUCUGUAGCAAAAAAAUCUCCAAGAGGGACAUACAACUAAAAUGGCAGUAAUUAAGUAUCUAGCUUCAUAUCGAUUCACACCGAAUGCAGACAACAAAACCCCAGCUGAGUUACUUCACGGAAGACCAGUUCGCACCUUGUUGAGUCAACUUUUUGAGCAAUCACACGACAAUCAUCGUAGCCAUCACUCCGAAAAGUACGCAAUUGAUCAACAAGUCUUUGCACGAAAUUACGCCAAGGGAGAAAAAUGGGUAGAAGGUACCAUAGUCCGUUCCCUGGGUAAAAUGCUGUACAUCGUAAAUACACACGUAUUUGGUCAUAUCAGACGCCACAUCAACCAACUCAAGCCGAGAUUUGGUCCAGAAACCACUAAAACAGAUACUUCUGAAUUCUGGUGGCAUCAUCACUUGGAAAAGUCAUCGACACCAACAGAGCAACGAUCUACAUCGCCAUCGCUAGGUGCUUCCCAACCACUAGAAGCCCUACAGCCAUCUUCAGCAUCACGGUCAGCAGUCUUGCCUUCGCAACCGGAAGUCCGACAAGGUUCCAGCCACCGCCGCUCUGGCAUUCCUGUUCGAAGAAGCACUCGGAUUCGCCAGCUUCCCGACCGCUACAGCCCUACUAACAUUAGAAAUAAUUAACAGCGAAUGUGUUGUAAUUUAAGGGAGGAGAUGUUGUAUAUCCUCAUAUACAUAAAAUAGCUUUUAACCAUUCGCACUUGUUAACGUUGCUCCAGUACUCAUUGUCAAUGUACUCAUUCACAUAUGCCACUAACAAAAUACUCAUACACAGUCAGUCUAGAAUAAACGCUGAUUCUUGCAAGUA